AUGUCUGUCGUCCCCCCUAAAGCGCUGCGCUCCAUCUUGGUUUUGGUGACCGCGAUCGUAGUGCUACUCACCCUUUUCUGUUAUCGACCAUAUUCAAGCUCUGUCUCUACUCUGCGAGGUGUCGUUCCAGAGGCCCGAAUCGGGGAUGUCGACUGGUCGCGCUACGCCUACACUCAAUAUGUCACAAACACCGAUUAUCUGUGCAAUUCCGUUAUGUUGUUCGAAGCUCUCCAUCGCCUUGGUAGCAAGGCCGAUCGGCUGAUGAUGUACCCGGAGGACUUUUCCGUCGAGGAUGAUAAUACUUCAAAGGAGUCAAAGCUUCUUCGCAUUGCCCGGGAGAAGUACAAUGUCAAAUUGAAGCCUAUCCAGGUUCAGAGCAGGCUUGGGGUUGGCGCCACGUGGGCCGAGAGCUACACAAAGCUUCUUGCAUUCAACCAGACCCAAUACGAUCGGGUUCUGAGCUUAGACUCCGACUCGACUGUUUUACAGCCAAUGGACGAGUUAUUCCUCCUACCGUCCUUCCCCGUUGCGAUGCCACGGGCCUAUUGGUUAUACCCGGACUACCAAAUAUUUAGUUCCCAGCUGGUCUUGAUCCAACCAUCCAAGACCGAAUUCGACCGGAUCAUGGAAGCAAUCAAAAAGGCCAGCAUGGACGAGUACGACAUGGAAAUCUUGAACAAGUUAUACAAAGAUAGCGCCUUGAUUCUACCACAUCGGCCAUAUGAUCUUUUGACCGGAGAAUUCCGGGGCGAUGACCACUCUGCAUACUUGGGCACUAAAUUGGAAAAGUGGGAUCCGUAUCGGAUUCUCCACGAGGCCAAGUUCCUACAUUUCUCAGACUGGCCUGUACCCAAGCCAUGGGACUCCGAUCCUAGAAACAUGAUGGAGAAAAAGCAGCCCAAGUGUCAAUACAACCCGGAAACCAAGGAGGAAGAUGACUGCAGGGCUUUGAAUGUUUGGUUGGAGAUUUACGAUGAUUUUAGGAGGCGGCGAAAGGCCAUUUGCGGCACCGAGGACGACGCUUUAUGA